AUGAACUAUACCAACUAUGAAACAGCUAUUGUGGAAGCCUAUGGGGUGCGCCUCAUAGGAUGGCCCGCAGGUGUCAGCUUUAUCAACCCAUCAAACAUUGGCACAGUAGGUGACAUUCACAAGCUUCGGGAUGCACUCAAGACUAGAACAUGCUUCUGGUCUGCUCUGUCAUCAGCAGAAGUCAAGGCUCACACAGCUGAACUUGAUGUGCGCUGGUUAGCUGGGGAGGUGAUUUGUGAGCCACAAAAGAAGUGUUCGGAUGCUGGAGUAGCUCGGAAGCGCAAAGUUCCACCCAGAUCAAAUAAGAAUAAUUGA